UUACGAUGUUGUGUGGUAUGUUUCUGUGUGUGUGUUGUGAUCUUGUGAAACAAUAAUUUGAAAAUCGAACAAAGAAUACGAAACAACUGCAAAAAUUGCACUGUAUUACCGUUCUUUAAAUUAAUUUACACGUUCCCACGUAGACUUUAGGUGUGUUUUGUAUAUGAAGGUGAAGCUGAAGAAGUUACUGAGGAAUUUCCCAAUGAUGCGGAAUAUUAUUACACGAUCCCCGCCACAUCGCUCCCGCAUAUGAUGGCGUAGAAAACCGGUCGGAGACACCCACCAUAGAUGCUAUUGAACAAACUAAUGGAAGGAGAGACGGUGACCACGAAAAACUUCAUAUCUUCAAUCAAAAAGUUCAACACGGACGAAAAGGAACAUGGCACUAUAAAAGCCCUACUGAAGAACUUCAUUCUACCCGACACAGAUAUGGCUAUAAAACAGAAACAAAACUCCAAUAACAAAUGUAUUUACUCCGUUCCGAUUAUACCAUCUAUAUCACCCGCGAGUGAAAGAAGACAAACAAUCAGUGCGGCUAAACAAGCUUUCUUAAACGCUACUGUUGAUUCAACAAAAUUUCAUGCAAAUGACACAAUGAAAGAACCUGUACUACAUUACGCUCAAAUAGCCACAGUCACUGAAAGUGACGACACAAGAAGCACUGGUGGAGGAAAAGAAUCACAAAUAACAGACAAAAUUAAAUUAAAAUCAUCCACACUUCCUAUAGACAUUCCUAAACAUAACAAGAAAAGAAUCGAACAACAAUCAAGAAAAGUAAGUUUUAAAAUAAAAAACGCCUCCGUAUCAUAUAGACGACCACCUAUACUUACAAAAACAACGAUGACAAUAACCAGUAGCAAAGUAUCAGAAUUAACAAAAAAGUUUAAUAAUUUAAUUAUCGAAGGAUCAAAUAGCUCAGUCAAACAGGCAAAGCUCGUAAAAACAAUAGAAAAUCUACAAACAGUAUCUCGAUGUUCUGCUAGCAACAGCUCAACGCCUUCAUCCACUCUAAGUUCCAGUCCUAAUAUUAAAAUAGUCUUGCGCCACAGACGAAGCUCUAAAAGGCGUGGAAAUAAAAAAAGGUGUUCAAGUGUAGAUUCGAUUGAUAAAUUAGUCUUGUCCGAGAGUUCUGGAGCUAAAAUUCGAAUAAUACGUUCCAAAUCAGAUGGUACCAAAAUUCCCAAGUCACCUAAAAAACGUUUAAAGUAUCAAGACUCCAGCGAACAACAAAGUGGUUCUGAUUCCGUCGAUGGCAGUCCUGCGAAACCAAAAAUAAAUGAAUCUUCCAAACAAAGUCUACAGAAUGUUCCGCCUGAAACUAAUGCUGUAAAAAAUGUUAUCAAAAUGUUUGAAAAUGAAAUAAGUGCCCAAGCUAGUAGCAGUAACGUUGUAAAAAAACAAAAUAAUAAAUCUUCAAAUGUAGUAAUACCUGUAAAAGAAAAACCAAAAGUACCUGAAAAGAAAUCUUCAUUAGUUUUAACAAAAAAUUUAGUAGUAAAAGAUGGUGUCCCUAAAAUAAAAAGUAUUAAAGGCAUUUCUAGUGAAUUAAACAGUAAUCCUGUAACAAAAGAACAAAACUUAAAUAAAGAACCAGACAUACCAAAAAAGAAGGAGUCUAUGUACGAUAAGAAAAAAUUUAAAACAAAUUACAUUCAUUCUGAAAAGCUACCCUUACAUCUUGUUGAAAUAAUACAAGAAGAUAUAAACGAAAAUUCAAAUACAAAUUUAACAGAACAAAUAGCAUGUGCACCAUUAGAGUCGGAGCAAACAUCUGUAAAAAGCUCAGAGGAAGACAACUUAUAUCAAGAUUUGGACACACAAAUGACUCCGAAUGAUUCAUUUUUAUGGCGCAGAAAGAGUUCUCAGAUUUAUUCUGAAAAUGAUAAAUCGACCUCUGAAAGUACUUAUGGGUUUGUUACUGUGAUAAUGAAUGAGACGACUGUUAGUUGUAGUGAUUAUAAUACUGAUAGCUCUACUCAAAUUGAGCAAUCUCAUGAAGAAACAGUACAUGAAUCUCAAAAUAAACUUGAAUCUUCCAACGUUGAAGUUGAUCAAAACUCGGAUUUCGAGAGUAAUUUAAUAGAAGCUUGCAAUGAAGAAGUUCUUGUCGGUUAUACUUCAAAAGCUAAACCCAUACCGGUUAUUGAAGACGACUACGAGCCAUUAGAACCUCGUGACACAGAAAAUGUUGUAGUAAUCUCAGUGAAGAGUGACAGAUCUUCAAAAAUUAAUUGUCCUUUACCAGAAAUACCUAAGGAGGUCAAUCAAGAAAGUCCCAAAGGUGAAAAUAUAUAUCAAUGUCUUUUAGAAAUGAGGUCACACCCUGAAGGAGAUGAGAGUAGUCUACACAACUAUGAGAUGUGCGCUCAACUGGAGGAAAGAACGCGUGGCGACGGUGACAGUGACGAUGGGUAUGAAUACUGCAAGUCGCCAAUCAAACCGUACUGCCAUACAUCUAGCUCUGGCAUACAAAUAGCUGAACACUACAACCCCUAUAAUGCUAACACUAAUGACAAAAAUUACUCCAUUUCAAAAUCUGUCAGCGGAACCUCCACGGUUAGUUACGAGAAAAUAGGAUCAGAUAGAAUUUACGAAAAAAUUCCGCUAAGACCACCAAAAUCUAAAGAAAGUAGUCCGAAUUAUAACAGACACUCCUUCGUCUCCUUCGAUUACACAGGCUACAAUGAUAGUGAGAAUAUCUACGACACUAUAAAACACGGCGAUCGUGCGUCGCUGUCCCAUUGCUAUGAGAGUAUACCAAAUAGUCCAAGUAUGGUAAAAAUGAGGAAUAAUUUAAAGAAACAGCUGGCGUCUGCUGUCCAAAAACGGUUGUCCUUCGAUAAUGUGUCGAAUAUAAGUCAAUCUACACUAUCCAGUGAACAAAAGACGAAUAGCAUUUACGGGCAAAGGUCUGUGAUCAGUUACAACGGGCAAGAGAUAGCAUUCCAAGUGCCGAGCAGCGAAACGAGCGUCAGCGACCGAAGUGAUAGAAGCGACGAUUGGGUCGAUGUGUCUGAUGAAGAAAAAACUGAAGAAAAGAAAAUAAUUAUAGUGCGUGAAAGAAGUCGUAAGAGUCCGGUCAGCUGGUCACAGAAAGUUAGACAUCAAUGGCAGAAUUCUCCAAAACAAAGUGAAGAUAAAGUGUCAGUGACGUCACCGUCAAAGGUUUACAUAAACACGAGCGCGAAGUGCACGUACUACAGCGAGAACGAUGAGACUUCUAAAAGAGUUCGUAAGCCCGUUGAGGAUAAAGUGAAGUUUAUCGAAGUACUCGAACACACUUGGUGGCUGAGCGUGAGAACAGUAUUGCGUGAUGGAGAAUUCGAGAUACAGGACCUUGUUGCAUUUAUUGAAUGCGACAGUAGCGACUCGGGCCACUUCUAUGAGUCGCUGGAGCCAGCGGCACCACAGCUGCCGCUGCCGCCCGCCCCGAGAUUGCCGCCCGCUCCAAGAGUGCCGCCCACCCAGCGAGUGCCGCCCGCCCCGCUUGUGCCGCCCGUUCCGAUUGACGACGACUUCGACUCUUUCGAUAGCGAUAGCGAUUCCGAUGAUCAUGAGAAGAGUGCGCCCCUCCCCCCGCCCGCGCUGCCGGCGUCCCGCCUGCCAACCCCGCCCGGCGGCGGCCCCUACACGCUCACCAAGAUCGCGAACGCUGCUCAACGCAAGAUGCGCCAGAUCAAGAGGAACCUCACCAAGCGAUACUCCGUUGCAAUGGACGGCAAUCCAUUCGCCAAAUCAUCAAACAACCAAAACGGAACGUACGACGUACCGAAGAAUACAAUAAAAGCGAAGACUCCAAACAACAUUUAUGCUAACUACGAAAAGCCUGAAAUACAGCACGUGUACUCAAAUGUCAACUUUAAUGACACCAAAAAUACACUGAACAAGACUGAGAAUCCCUUGGCAAAGAUAACUGGAACUUUUAAGGAGGAAUUGAAAACUGUGAUAGGGGAAAAGGGGGGAAUCAAGACUGGGGUAACAGAAAAGGUUGUUAAAACGGGGUUAACUGACAGAGGGACGAACAAACCUUUGCCAGAAAAAUCGAUAAAUAAGACUACAGCGGAGAAAGGAGUUAAUAGGUCUAGUUUAGGAGACAAAAGGAAUAGCAACGGUGAAGUUACCACCACUCCACCACCGCUACCAGACAAGCCUCCCCCAGAGAAGCCUCCCCCAGAGAAGCCCACCACCCCUACCAGCGACACCAAGAACAGUGGGACUCUGUCGAGGAAGACAUACUUCUCUUUCAAGUCUCGUUUCCGACGCGCGACGUCGAUGGCGGUGGACAUCAACGAAGUGCCGAGCGCUUUGAAGAUCACCAACUCUACCUUCUAUUUGACUGACUCUAUGGAUGGGGAUUCCGGUUUUAGCAAUUGCAGCGACAACGGCGGCGCGGAGACGCUGUCGCCGAGCGACCGGCGGCGCGACGGUACGCUCCGUGCAUGGUCCGAGUCCGUGCCAUGCCUGGCGCUGGAGCGGCCGACACUGCCGCCGCCCCCGCCGCCCGCUCAUACUGACCUUAGCGCUGUGAACGAAGAACUGAAGCGGCUGCUCCCGACGCUCUCGCGCAAGGAGAAGGGCGCGCGUACUCGUACUUCGUGGUACGCAGAGUGCGGUGCGGACGCGGCGCCGGCGCACUCCUCCACCUCGUCUUGGUACGCCGAGGCGGGGCUGUACCAGGCGGGGAACAUCUCGUCGUCAUCGGGCGCGUCGUCGGGCUCGCACCCCGCCUCCCCGCUGCCGCACUCGCUGUUCACUCACGAGCCGCUUUACCAGUUCUACAACGCCGCUAAAGUUGAGUCGGCGUGUCGGGAGACCGGCGACUCCGACUCGGACGCGUACGAGGUGGGCGGGGGCGGCGGCUCCGUAGGCAGCGGCAGCACGACCUCGUCGCGGCCCUCCGCCAUGGCGCUGGUGGCGCCGCGCGGGCCCGCCCGCACGCUGUGGUGCGAGGUGCCCGAGGUGCUCAACUCCGCAGUACUCAGUUCGUUGGCACCAGCCCAGAAGAAGUUGCAAGAGGCGAAGUUCGAGCUGCUGACGUCAGAGGCGUCGUACCUGAACUCGCUAAGUGUCUUGGAAGCACACUUUGUAUCUCACCCUGCCUUCCGCGACCCGCUCGUGCUACCGCGCGAGGACUGGGAGACACUGUUCUCUACCAUACUACCAGUGCGCAAAUGCUCUCAACUGCUGAUGACGGAGUUGGAGCGUUGCUGGCAGGAGAACAUCCUGCUGCACGGCAUCUGCGACAUCGUGCAACGCCACGCGCAUGCGCGCUUCCACGCCUACGUCAAGUACUGCGAGAACCAGCCGCUGAUGGUGAAGACCCUGCAGCGCUUGCGGGAGCGGCCGGCGUUCGCUGCAGCGCUGAAGAGGCUAGAAAGUCACCCGGCGUGCCAGAGUCUCUCACUCCACUCGUUCCUCAUGCUGCCGAUGCAGAGGAUCACCCGCCUGCCGCUGCUGCUGGAUGCGGUGCUGCGAAACCUUUCCUCAGAGGACCACGAGUACGACGGAUGCAUGCACGCGUUGGCCACACUCAACGACUUUGUGUCCCAAUGUAACGAGGGUGCGCGCAACACGGAGCGAGUGGAGGAGCUGUGGCGCGUGUCGUGCGACAUCCACGUGCCGCCCGCGCUGCGACACGCGCCCGACUUGGGACCUGCGCUGUCUAGACGAGACCGACGACCGAUCCGCUGGCUCGUGCGCUCGGGCGAGAUGACGCAGCUGCUGUGGAAGACUGAUGAACUGAAGCUGACAUUCGGCAAGAAGUUCCACAAAGUUCCGCUGCACCUGUUCCUUUUCAACGACCAUCUCGUCAUCACCAAGAAGAAGGGGGAGGAGUGCUUCGUGGCGGUGGACCACUGCCCGCGCUCGCUGGUGGAGGUGUGCUCCAGCGACGCGGCGGCGGGCGCCAAGCACACGCUGCUGCUCACGCUGCUCGAGAACCACGAGGGGAGGACGGUCGAGAUGCUGAUGUCGUGUCCGACGGAGACGGACGCGCGGCGCUGGUCGGAGGCGCUGGCGCCGCCGGCGGCGGACGCGGGCGAGACGCUGUACGCGGGCUGGGAUUGUCCGCAGGUGGCGGCGCUGUACGCGUACGCGCCCGCGCAGCCCGACGAGCUGGCGCUGGCCGAGGGCGACAUCGUCAACGUCACCAGGAAGACGAGCGAAGGCUGGUACUACGGCGAGCGCACGCGCGACGGCGAGGCGGGCUGGUUCCCCGGUGCGUACACGGCGGAGAUCGCGUCCCCGCACGUGCGCGCGCGCAACCUGCGCCAGCGGUACCGCCUGCUGGCGCUCUCCGCCACCUACCUCGGCCAGCGCCGCAAGCCCGUCUGACGUCACGCUGCUGCUCCCCGGCGCGUACACGGCGGAAAUCGCGUCCCCGCACGUGCGCGCGCGCAACCUGCGCCAGCGGUACCGCCUACUGGCGCUCUCCGCCACCUACCUCGGCCAGCGCCGCAAGCCCGUCUGACGUCACGCUGCUGUAGCAAUACAACCUCAUAGAACGAAUAGUGAGAUUGAACUAUACCUACCUACCGCUUGAAAAAUAUCAGAAAUUAUCAUUAGAUCUAGAUAUCUUUUAUGACUCAGAAAAGAACUUGAAAACUCUUUGGAACUUGGAUUGAUUUUUUACUCUUAAGCUGACAAAGUGAUUCAGACCCUUAUACAAGAGUAAUAAUUUGAGGACUUUCUGAAACAGUAUACAACUGAACUAAUUAUUUUCUGUAGGUAUCUGAUACUCGUCAUAAUCAAAGGUCAUCGACGCCAUCUUAAGACACAAGCUUUCUCCAGAGAAAUUAGAAAGCCACUUUAAACCAUACAUUUUAUAUGAAAGUCUACAAAAUUUCGCACUGACAACACAACACAAUCAAAACUGAAUCUUAUGUCUUCAAUGUAUACAUAUCAAAAUGUACACAGUGAUAUUUAAAAAAAAAUAAUGAAAUAUUGAAACAGUAAAAAUGUCCGUCCAGACAUUGCCUUUCUAGUUAUUAAGGUUGCAAAGAUAUGAAUGAUUUAAUAAGUGUUUAAAUCGGUGCUUUUUUUAAAUGUUUAUAUACGAAAUGUACCUAUUUUACUUAAACUUUUACUUUGUACUAAAAAUGUAUAUUACAUACUGACCUCAUAUAUCUAGCCACACACUAUCAAGAGAAAAAAUAUUGAAACUAUACCUAUUUUACCAUUUUUUUCACGGCAGCAUUGAAUACUCGACGGCUUGACCGUGUGUGGCUGGCGUUACCCACUGGACAGGAUGUGUAUUUAAAAGCCAUUACCUAUAAUCCCCAAAUUUGUAAAUCUCCAAAAUGGUGCUCCAUUUUAUGAUAUAACAACCAUUUUUUAUGAGGACAGUGUGUUAAAUAUAGGUCACCUUGUAUAAAGAUCAGUGAUAUCUGUAUUUUGUAUUAUUAUAUUAUGUAUUUUAUUUGAUUGUGUGCGAGAUAUGCCUACGUUCAUUGGACUGGUGUGUACCUACAUUCCAACGAUCGCUAAUUUACCGUAGGACAACCAACAGUCGUCGUUUUACUUAAGACCGUUGGACAACCAACAGUCGUUGCUUUACUUAGAACCGUUGGACAACCAACAGUCAUUGCUCUACUCGGGAAUUUACCGUUGGACAACCAACAGUCGUUGCUCUACUUAGGACCGUUGGACAACCAACAGUCAUUGCUCUACUUAGGACCGUUGGACAACCAACAGUCAUUGCUCAACUUGGAAAUUUGCCGUUGGACAACCAAUAGUCGUUUGUCUAUUUGGGAUUUUGCUGUUGGGCAACUAUCAGUCGUUGACAACUUAGGAAUUUACCGUUGGACAACCAACAUUCGUUGGUCUACUUAGGAAUUUACCGUUGGACAACCAACAAUCGUUAGUCUACUUGGGAAUUUGCUGUUGGACAACCAUCAGUUGUUGGCCUAUUUAGGAAUAUACCGUUGGAUAACCAACGGUCGUUGCUCUACUUAGGACCGUUGGACAACCAUCAGUUGUAGGUCUAUUUAGGUCUACUUUGUGCGUUUAUUGGACCGCUAUGUACACACUAUUUGGUAUAUUUAAGUUUUCUAGACAGCUAUUUGGAUCAAGCGCUACUAUAGAAUAAGUGUUCUAAUGUUUAUGUAUUCGUAAGUAUUAUGUUUGUGACAUGUACAGUUACGUAUGAGAUUCACAGAAAUGUAUUGUACAGAUAUUGUUUGACAAAUUAUCUAUACUAUUAAGUGUUUAUUUUAAAAAUAUUCUAAAAAAAUAUACCUUCUUACCUAAUUUUUAGAUUAUCCUUUUUGUAUUUUAAUUAUAAACGGAUUGUCCAUUAAUAUUUAUUGAAUAAUGGAUGAUCGUUAUGCAUCACAGUUUAUUAAAAUUAGAUAAAUGUAUAAAUUUUAAGUUUUAAUUGGAAAACUUGUCUGAUGUUUAAAAUUACCUAGUCAUUUAGAGGGCAAGUGAAUCUAAAAUACAGAGAUUUUGAAAAAAAAUACGAUAUUUAUUCCAUAAACAUUCCGUUUUUCAAUUGAACUUUUAGUUUUAAGUUAAUGUUUUGCUUUCAAAGUGUUUUGUUAAUAACAUCUAUAUCUAUAAUAUAAAAAAUGAGCCUCGAUAUUGUCCCGAGAAAUUUGUAUGUAGAAAUUAAAUUAUUAUUUUGAAUCUAAUACCUAGACAUAAUACUAUAUUUAAGAUUUUAUUCCGAUCAGUUUAAGAGAAUGACCGUGAAAUAUAAUUUUACAAUAUAAA